AUGGAGCGUACCCUGCGCCUGGUGGCCUUGCUGCGGGAGGCGGAGGAGGUGAAAGCACCAAAGGGUGUCCCUUGUGACGGAAAAGUGGUAAGCUUCGACAAUGCAUUGGCCUUCCUGCAACGGUACAAUCGCUUCUUGAGAGAUUUGGGCCCCAAGCUGGCCAGUCCACAGGUGACAUUUCACUGGACAGCAGAAGAAAAUUUCCAGAGUAUUGUGGAGAGCAACCUGAGGGUGCCAAAAGCAGAUCCCACCGAAGCGAAUGGUGUGAAGAAAAAGCAUGGUGCAGCCUUUGGCCGUGGCAUUUACACAUGCCCAGACUACAAAAUGGCGAAAGAGGACUUCUCAUACGGAGCCAGCGCCACUUUUGCUUGCCUGGCAUUGCCUGGCCGGCAGCUUACUCGCCAUCACGGUCAGGGCCAUGGUCGUCGAGACAGCCGCGGCCCAGACUUUGACAGCGUGUCCGGGCGAUUGCCCGGAAGAAACUGCUGCACCUGGGUUUUUCCAACCAGUGAUCAGAUUUUGCCUUGCUUCCUUGUAGAUGAAGUGGCGAUCCCAGCGGCAGUAGCCAAGCUACGGGAGGCGAUCGCACUAAUCCAAGAAACCUGGCCAGAUCCAUCAGAAGCAGAGGCGUCAGCAAAGCUGCUAAACGACGCAGUCGAUUCUGCGGUUACACCCUGCACUUUGGAGGCAAUGGAGGACACAGGAAGAGAGAGGUGGCGGCGUUCAGAGAGGGAAAGUGCCUCAAGUGCCCCAAGUGAGCAGGCCUUUAUUGGAGAAGGUGACCUGCCGUAUGGGGGAGACCUGCAGGCAGCAAUGCGAGCGCAGGAUCGACCUGCAGUCAAGAUGCUGAUGUCCAUGCGUGAUCAGAAGAAGGACCAGGUGACCACCAGAGGUGGCCGACGCUGGGGAGCACGAAAGGCUGAACAUCUUCGGAACCUUGGAAGCUAA